AAAAAGAGAAGACCAUUGCCUGAUUACCUUGAGAAAAUCCAGAAGGAUGUGAGUGCAAACAUGAGAGGGAUUUUGGUUGACUGGCUCGUCGAAGUUUCAGACGAAUACAAGCUUCUUUCGGACACAUUGUAUCUUACUGUUUCCUACAUUGACAAAUUCUUAUCAGUGAAUGUCAUCCCUAGGCAAAGACUUCAGCUUUUGGGUGUUUCUUCUAUGCUCAUUGCUGCGAAGUAUGAGGAAAUCAAGCCUCCACAUGUCAAGGAUUUUUCAUACAUUACAGCCAAUACAUUUACGAACAAAGAUGUCGUGAAGAUGGAGGCUAGUGUGUUACAAUCUCUCAAAUUUGAAAUGGAUAGUCCCACAUACAAAACAUUUCUUCAAUGAUUUACUAGAGUUGCUCAAGAAGAUGUUAAAAGUCUGGCCCUUCAACGUUGCUCGGGAUAUAGACCAGUGGAUCUAAAGGAAUGUGUUCUUAUCAUACAUGACUUGCAAUUAAGUAGAAGAGGUAGUACUUUAGCAGCUGUGAGGGACAAAUAUAAGCUGCAUAGGGUAUCAAUCUGCAUGUUGUUGAUAAUUGGUGAUUUUAUUGUAAACACCCUGCAUAAUUAAGUAAUCUGAUGUGAGCAUUUCUUUGAUUUUCUUGUAACAGUUCAAAUGUGUAUCAACAUUGUCUUCUUCUCUGGAAAUACCAGAUUCAUUCUUCUAAGACACUAUAUAAUGAUUUAUUGGUCAUAUGCUUAGAAAUUGGUAUGAGAAGUUAUGAUGAUACCUGGAAGAGAUGGAACUCCCUUCUUGAUGCUGGCUCAUGAUCUUUAUGAUGUAUGAAAGUUACAGAUUGUCUCAAAAUAAAUGUUUCUUGUAAUAAGCUGGAAAAUAACACCAGAAUACUAUAUUAUAUGAAAAGAUAUGAAUGCAUACAGUAUUACUACCUUUA